CGGUGUCGCUCGGGGCCGGGGAGCCGUGUGGCCACCCCCCGGCGCUGUCCCCGAGCCCGCGGCGUGCAUGGCCCUGCGCGGGCGGCGAUGGCUGCGCGCUGAUGGCCCAGCCCGCCGCGCUCGCCAUGGCUGCCAGAGAGGAGCUGUACAGCAAAGUCAUCCCCCGGCGGAACCGCCAGCACCGCGCCGGGACCAUCAAACAUGGCUCGUCGCUGGAGAUCCUGCUCUCCAUGGGCUUCCCCAAAGCACGGGCACAAAAAGCGCUGGCAUCGACAGGUGGAAGGAGUGUUCAAGCAGCAUGCGACUGGCUCUUCUCCCACGUGGGUGACCCGUUCCUGGAUGACACCCUGCCCCGGGAGUACGUCCUGUACCUGCGCCCCACCGGGCCCCUGGCGCAGAAGCUGUCGGAGUUCUGGCAGCAGUCGAAGCAGAUCUGUGGCAAGAACAAAGCUCACAACAUCUUCCCACACAUCACCCUGUGCCAGUUCUUCAUGUGCGAGGACAGCAAGGUCGAUGCCCUCACGGAAGCCCUGCAGGCCACGGUGAUGCGCUGGAAAUGCAAAUUCCCGGCCCCGCUGCCCCUGGAGCUGUACACGUCCUCCAACUUCAUCGGGCUCUUCGUCAAGGAGGAGAGUGCUGAGGUGCUCAAGAAGUUUGCAGCAGACUUCGCUGCGGAGGCGGCUUCCAAAGCAGAUGUCCACGUGGAGCCCCACAAGAAGCAGCUCCACGUGACCCUGGCCUAUCACUUCCAGAGCAGCCACCUGCCCACGCUGGAGAAGCUGGCCCAGAGCAUCGAUGUCAAGCUGGGCUGCGACUGGGUGGCCGCGAUCUUCUCCCGGGACAUUCGCUUCGUCAACCACGAGACUCUGCAGGUGAUCUACCCCUACACCCCCCAGAACGACGACGAGCUGGAGCUGGUCCCAGGGGAUUUCAUUUUCAUGUCUCCAGUGGAGCAAACCAGCACGAGUGAGGGCUGGAUUUACGGCAUUUCCCUUGCAACUGGCUGCUCGGGGCUGCUGCCUGAAAACUACAUCACCAAGGCGGAUGAAUGUGGGACCUGGGUGUUCCAUGGGUCCUACUCCAUUCUGAACACCACAUCUUCCCCAUCCCUUCAAGCCUUCGCUGACGGAGCUCUGGAGAGAAGGCAGCAGGAAGACCAAGGGCCAGGGGACGCAGGGCCACUGACCAUCAUCUGCCAGAACGUGCAGCCGCUGAGGAUCAGCAGCCAGCCGGGCCCUCAGAAGCGCUGCCUGUUCGUCUGCAGGCACGGGGAGAGGAUGGAUGUGGUUUUUGGGAAGUACUGGCUGUCCCAGUGCUUCGAUGCCAAAGGAAGGUACAUGCGCAGUAACCUGAAUAUGCCUCACAACUUACCUCAGAGGAGUGGUGGUUUCAGGGAUUACGAGAAAGACGCUCCCAUCACCGUGCUGGGCUGCACCCAGGCCAGGCUCGUGGGUGAAGCCUUGCUAGAAACAAAUACCAUUGUAGACUACAUCUACAGCUCCCCAUCCCUGCGGUGUGUCCAGACAGCUCACAAUAUCCUGAAAGGUAUGCAACAGGAGAACAACCUGAAAAUCCGGAUAGAGCCAGGCUUGUUUGAGUGGACCAAGUGGGUGUCUGGGAGCACUCUGCCAGCCUGGAUACCCCCUGUGGAUUUAGCUGCAGCUACUCUAAGCGUUGAUACAACCUACAGACCUCAUAUUCCUGUCAGCAAGUUGGUGGUUUCUGAGUCUUAUGAUACCUACAUAAGCAGAAGCUACCAGGUAACAAAGGAAAUCAUCAGUGAAUGUAAAGGCAAAGGAAAUAACAUCCUGAUAGUGGCUCAUGCAUCCUCCCUGGAGGCCUGUACCUGCCAGCUCCAAGGGCUGUCGCCUCAGAACUCCAAGGAUUUUGUACAGAUGGUCCGAAAGAUUCCUUACCUGGGGUUUUGCUCCUGCGAAGAACUGGGAGACACUGGUGUUUGGCAGCUCACAGACCCUCCCAUCCUGCCUCUCACACAUGGACCAACUGGAGGCUUUAACUGGAGAGAAACCCUGCUCCAGGAGUAGGGGAAAGCCCAGCAAGGACAACCCAUGGCCUUUCCAAGCGCUGGAGAAUGUCUCUUCUUCCUUGUGUUUUAUUGACAGUGGGAAAAAUCCUCAUCAUCUGUCCAGUGGGUCACUCCAAGCAUAUCUCACACAGCCACAGCCAUAAAAAAAGUCUCAUUCUCAGCUAAAGGGGCUGAUCUGAGGGGGGAGAAAAUAUGAAAAUCCAGCCUGAGGCUCUUGCACAGCACAGACUCAGCUCGAGGUUGGUUUCCCCACCUUGAAGGGAGCUCUGGUGACACUUUCACUGCACCACGGUAGGAACAGUGAGCCCUGGGUCAGGCAGGAUGCUGGGGCUGUUUUCUCACUGCUAUUUUUGCAAAGCAUCUGCAGGCUUGUUCAGCACCAUGUGCUUGCUCUGCUCACAGCCCCCAAAGCCUCAGCACUUUCCAUGAAAAUAAAGUGUGUCCCCAACGCUGGAAAUGGGAGUCCAGCAUUGCCUCUGCAGGCAGCACCAGGUUAUUCCUCUGCUCUGCCUGAGCAGACAGAGUUGGGAGUGCUCAGAAUGUUGUUGGAUGUUGUGCUUUGGUUGGUGUUGAUCUGCAUCAGAGGAAAAUUCUGAAUUUCACAUCAGGUCCAGGUGAAGUUGGAGCAUCAAAAGUCAGCACAACAAAAGCUGGGAGGAAUUUCUUUGAAGUGGAGAUUAAAGAAGCCUUUUCCAACCAAACCUGAGAGAUUUAGGAAGUUCAGAUUUGGGUUUUUAUUCCUUUGAUUAUUGACAUCCACCCUUGUGCCCAGACACAGCCUAAAAGGUUUGUGCCACUUGAAUUCCCUUCAGAAGGCUUUGGAAAAGGGGUUUUCCCCUUUCAUACCGGGAUUUUUGUGCUGGCCAUUAACCCAGAGGUGGCUUUGUGUCCCUUUGUGGGAUUCUGCAGCCAGCAGGUUGCUCCAGGAAUGAUGGAAUGAAAAACUGUUGGAAUUCAGCCUCUGCAGAGUGCUUUGCUUCCUUACCCUUAAUUCCCAAGUGCCAUCUGU